GAUGACUCAGUGGUAUCAGUUACAGCAACUUGAUUCCAAGUUUUUGGAGCAAGUUCACCAGCUAUACGAUGACAGCUUUCCUAUGGAAAUCAGGCAGUACCUGGCACAGUGGCUGGAAAACCAGGAUUGGGAACAUGCAGCCAACAACGUAUCUUUCGCUACGGUGUUAUUCCAUGACCUGCUGUCACAGCUCGAUGAUCAAUUUAGUAGAUUCUUGAUAGAAAACAACUUUUUGCUGCAACACAACAUAAGGAAAAGCAAACGUAAUCUUCAGGAUAACUUCCAAGAAGACCCAGUACACAUGGCAAUGAUCAUCUACAGCUGUCUGAAAGAAGAGAGGAAAAUACUGAACAGUGCCCAGUUGUCAAGUCAGAUGGAAGUGGGGAGCAUACAGAACACUGUGAUUGGGAUGCUGGACAAACAGAAGGAGCUUGAUGCGAAAGUUAAGGCUGUAAAAAACAGCGUUAUAGACGUGGAGCAAGACAUCAAGACAUUAGAGGAUAUGCAAGAUGAAUAUGACUUUAAAUGUAAAACCUUGCAGAGUAGAGAGCACGAGUCCAAUGGUGUGUCACAGGAGGAAUACAAGAAAGAACAGAUGAAUCUCAAUAAGAUGUUUUUAUCACUUGACCUUAAGAGAAAGGAAGUGGUGAACAAGAUAGUACAGCUGCUGAACAACACAGAGCACACACAGAGUGCUCUUAUUAAUGAGGAGCUGGUGGAGUGGAAACACAGGCAACAGACUGCAUGCAUUGGUGGCCCACCCAACGCUUGUCUUGACCAGCUACAGAACUGGUUCACCAUUGUUGCUGAAAGUCUACAGCAAGUUCGACAGCAGCUCAAAAAGCUUGAGGAACUGGAACAGAAGUUCACCUAUGACCCUGAUCCCAUCACAAAAAAUAAACAAGUCCUGCAGGACCGAACAUACAGUCUUUUCAAACAACUCAUCCAGAGCUCCUUUGUGGUAGAGAGGCAGCCUUGCAUGCCAACACAUCCUCAGAGGCCCUUAGUCCUGAAGACAGGAGUACAGUUCACUGUAAAGCUGAGAUUGCUGGUGAAAUUGCAGGAAUUGAACUACAACUUGAAAGUGAAGGUUUUAUUUGAUAAAGAUGUAAGUGAGAAGAACUCAGUCAAAGGGUUCAGGAAAUUUAAUAUUUUGGGUACAAGCACAAAAGUAAUGAACAUGGAAGAAUCUACUAAUGGAAGUCUAGCAGCAGAAUUCAGGCAUUUGCAACUGAAAGAACAGAAAAAUGCAGGAAGCAGAACAAAUGAGGGUCCUCUCAUUGUAACAGAAGAACUUCACUCUCUGAGUUUUGAGACGCAGCUGUGCCAGCCUGGCUUGGUAAUAGACCUAGAGACCACAUCCCUUCCCAUUGUUGUGAUCUCAAACGUGAGCCAGCUUCCAAGUGGAUGGGCUUCUAUCUUAUGGUUCAACAUGCUGUCUACUGAUCCCAAGAACUUGUCAUUCUUUCUGAAUCCACCCUGUGCGAAGUGGGCUAAACUUUCUGAAGUUUUGAGUUGGCAGUUUUCUUCUGUAACAAAGAGAGGACUCAAUGCAGAUCAGCUGAGCAUGCUGGGAGAGAAGCUACUUGGGCCAACAAACGGAGGAUUUCACGAUGGCCUCAUUCCUUGGACAAGAUUCUGCAAGGAAAAUAUAAAUGAUAAAAAUUUCCCCUUUUGGCUGUGGAUUGAGGGAAUCCUGGAGCUUAUUAAGAAACACCUUCUGUGUCUCUGGAAUGAUGGAUGCAUCAUGGGUUUCAUCAGUAAAGAGAGAGAACGUGCUUUGUUGAAGGACCAGAGUCCAGGAACAUUUUUACUAAGGUUCAGUGAAAGCAGCAGAGAGGGAGCCAUCACAUUUACUUGGGUAGAAGGAUCUCAAAACGAGCCCCAGUUCCACUCGGUAGAACCGUACACCAAGAAGGAGCUCUCUGCUGUGACUUUCCCUGAUAUCAUUCGCAACUACAAAGUGAUGGCAGCUGAAAACAUUCCUGAAAAUCCGCUGAGAUUUCUCUACCCAAACAUCCCCAAAGACAAUGCCUUUGGCAAAUACUACUCCAGGCCCAAGGAGGCACCAGAGCCUAUGGAUUUGGAUGGCCCCAAGGGAACCGGCUACAUCAAGACUGAGUUAAUCUCUGUAUCUGAAGUCCACCCUUCCAGGCUCCAGUCUCCAGAAAACCUGCUCCCCAUGUCUCCUGAAGAGUUUGAUGAGGUGUCUCGGAUGGUGGGCUCUGCAGAGAUUGAUACAGUGAUGUGUUCGGCGUAUUCAACUUAAAGGCUGAGCUUUUUGCUGCAUCAUUAACACAGCUGAUUGGCUUAUGCAUCCCGCUCUGCAGUCAACGACUCGGUGACACGCUCCACUUCAGUUCUUUGGUUUCUCAACCUGAAGGUUCAGUAGCAAUUUUUAAUUCAUGGGAAUGUAAACAGCAGUCUGAGUAGCCUCUCGCAUGCACUUUUUUUGUUUAGAAGUUCUUUGUUAAAGAAUUUCCAGUUAUGGAGAUACCAUGCCCGAGCGGAGGAGGAGGGGAGGAUAGGAAGGAGAAGUCCUCAGUGAAAGUGAUGGGAGAAACAUGCAUUUUUUUGUUUAAGGCAAUUAGUUAAAUGUAAUGUUUAAAAUAGUUGGCAGUACAUAGGCGGCUUCAAAGCAAAGCUGGUUCUUCUGCAGAGGUUCUGGUCAGAAAGCUUGCCCCUUCUGCUUAACUACUUCUGAAGAACUUUCACAGCUUUGAAUUGUCAUCUGCAUCACAGAAAGGAGAGGAGAAACACUGCAGGUAUAUGCCACAUAGAAUCCAUAUGCUGCUGAAGUUUUCCUGGUUUCAUCUUUUCUAUGGCAUACUGAGAGAACAUAAGCCAAAAACGUUAUCUGCCUUUCAUUUUGGCUUGUUUCUUAAGGCAAGGUCUUUCUGUGUAGGAUGUUUAGCACAACCUUCCUCAUAAAGAGCACUUCUUAGGACACUGUCUUGAGGCUGUAUUGGCACACGUUGGGCUUGCAGCUCAACAUGUACCCUACAGACCGUGGUCAGGCUGUCUGACCUACUCCUAAAGAGGGCAAAACCGGUUGGAGGACGUUUUCACUCACGGUGAUUUGAUCCCUCAUAUCUUUUACAAUAAUACAUGUCCCAUUUAGGUUUUAACAGGUGGAAUGGAACUUAAUUUUCUCAUGCAGUAUGAAUCAGGGCAUUUCUGUAAGUGUUGAUUUGAGCUAGAAGACCCGACGGGCUUUGAUGACGAAGCGGUUUUGCAAUUAGGGGUGAGGCACAGGAUGUACUGAGUAACGGCCGCAGGAUGUGCAGUCUUUAGUGCUUGAAGGAUGAAGCUGUGCUUCCACCAGAGGAGGAGCAGAAAAAUGUAAAGGACCUAGACCCUGCAACAUAAUUAUUUAAAUAGAAAGGAUUGAUGAACUGACUUCUUUUUGGUACCCUGAUUUACCGAGGUUACAAAUGCUACGGAGUAUCACAGCUGGUGACUUCAUGCUUUUAUGUAGCUGACUGUGUAUCUUUAUUGUAAUAUAAAAAACAAAUAUUUGUUUCUUGAGCUACACCUUGUACUCAUGUUCGUUUUAAUUACUUUUGUACUCACCAGGGCGAAAUUUGCUUGUGAGACUUAAAGCAAUGGCCUUUUUGAUGGUUUUGUCUUCGCACAGCCAAUACUUCUAAAAGCAAUGUUUUUUCCCUGAUGGAAUAUUCUUUAGCCAUUUGAAAUAAAUGGAACUGUCAAUUGAAA